AUGGAGAAUACAAGAAAACAGGAGUAUAAUGGAGAAAAUAUUUUUGAAGAAACUUCAGUUGAUUGGAGAGGAAGGCCUUCCAACCCAGUUAAGCAUGGUGGAAUGAAAGCUGCUUCCUUUGUUCUAGGGCUUCAAGGAUUUGAGAUAAUGGCAAUAGCAGCAGUUGGGAACAACCUCAUAACUUAUGUGAUAAAUGAGAUGCACUUUUCCCUGUCAAAAUCUGCAAACAUUGUCACUAACUUUAUAGGAACUAUUUUCAUCCUUGCACUCCUUGGAGGCUACCUUUCUGAUUCUUAUCUUGGUUGUUUCUGGACUCUGCUCAUCUUUGGCUUUGUCGAAUUUUCGGGUUUCAUAUUGUUGUCAGUGCAAGCCCAUCUGCCCCAACUAAAACCUCUUAAAUGCAACAUGUUACUUGAUGGAGACCAUUGUGAAGAAGCGAAGGGAUUCAAGGCCUUCAUAUUUUUUGUGGCACUCUAUUUGGUGGCCUUAGGAAGUGGUUGUGUUAAGCCCAACAUGAUAGCUCAUGGUGCUGACCAGUUCAAUGAUUCAAAGCAAUCCAAGAAACUCUCCAGAUACUUUAAUGCUGCCUACUUUGCCUUCUCCAUGGGUGAACUUGUUGCCUUGACUGUCCUAGUUUAUGUUCAAACACAUUCUGGAAUGGAUGUUGGAUUCGGCGUCUCGGCAGCAGCCAUGGCUAUGGGACUGAUAAGCUUGAUUUGUGGUACAGUUCUUUACAGGAACAAACCUCCUCAAGGAAGCAUCUUGACCCCUAUUGCACAAGUGUUUAUGGCUGCAACUUUAAAGCGAAAGCAAGUGUAUUCAUCGGAUCCUCGGAUGCUUCAUCGGGACCAAUCUAAGGAACAACCAAAUAGUGACAGUACCAACAAUCUUUAUCUGUCUGAAAGAUUCAGAUUCUUGAACAAGGCUUGCAUUAGAGUUGAAGAUGGAAAGGAAAGUCCAUGGAGACUGUGCACAGUAAACCAAGUUGAACAAGUGAAGAUAUUGCUUUCAGUUAUUCCUAUAUUUGCAUGCACAAUUAUUUUCAAUACAAUACUUGCACAAUUACAGACAUUUUCAGUCCAACAAGGGAGUGCAAUGGAUACACACCUAAAAUCUUUCCAUAUUCCUCCAGCUUCUCUUCAGGCCAUUCCUUACAUAAUGUUAAUCUUCAUAGUACCUCUUUACGAUACAUUCUUCGUACCUUUUGCUCGAAAAAUCACCAAGCACGACUCUGGGAUCAACCCUCUACAGAGAAUAGGAUUUGGCCUAUUCUUGGCAACUUUUUCAAUGAUCUCAGCUGCCCUAAUGGAGAGCAAGAGAAGGAAUGCUGCAGUAAAUUCGAACAAAAUAAUAUCCAUCUUUUGGAUAACGCCGCAGUUUUUGAUCUUCGGGUUAUCAGAAAUGUUUACUGCAGUUGGGCUUAUUGAAUUCUUCUACAAGCAGUCAUUAAAAGGGAUGCAAUCAUUUUUGACAGCCAUAACUUACUGUUCAUACUCAUUUGGCUUUUAUUUAAGCUCAGUACUUGUGUCUCUUGUUAAUAAGGUGACUUCAAAGUCUUCCUCUGGUGGUGGAUGGCUCAGUGAUAACAAUCUGAACAAAGAUAGAUUGGACUACUUUUAUUGGAUGCUAGCAGUUCUAAGCUUCCUCAACUUCCUCAACUAUCUCUUUUGGGCAAAAUGGUACAAUCGAUCUCCGGUCGCCUCACUGCAGCUUGAAUCUAACACCCCAAAAAUUGCAGGAGAUGACAAUAUACCUUGA